AUGGAAAGAAAGGUGAAUUUAGGUCGUAGAAAGAUCAAAAUGAAUAUGAUCCCAGAGGCUGAUGCUCGACAAGUUGCCUUCUCAAGGCGACGAUCUGGCCUCUUCAAAAAGGCAAGUGAGCUUUGUACUUUAUGUGAUGCAGAGGCUGCACUAAUUGUCUUCUCCCCAAGUGGCAAAGCUUUCUCGUUUGGCCACCCUUUUGUUAAUUCAGUGAUAAAAAAGUUUCUCACUCAAUACCCUAUACCAAAUGUUGGUGAGCAACAGAGUGCACAAGCUCAGUUUGAGUCCUCUGUGCGUAACCUAAACAAACAAUAUAAUGAUUUGCUUGACCAGUUGGCAGCUGAGAAGAAGCGAGGAGAUAUGCUAAAGCAGAUGUUGAGGAAUCAAAAGGCUUGUUGGUGGGAGGCACCAAUUGAUGAGCUCAGCUUGAACGAGUUGUUGACGUUUAAAGUGUUAUUGGAAGAAGUUCAGAAGAAUGUUGCUGAACAAGGUGUUGGGCACUUAAUAAAUGCUUCCCAAACAUUUCUUUUGGGUAGAAAAUCUGUUGAAUCUAAUGAGCAUUCUGUCAAAGAGUGA